AACCUAUGAACAGAAUCUAUAGAAGAAAGAAGCAAUUCACAUACAUUUUGUGGGUAAUCUGCAUUCUCUGCAUUUAUCCAGCAACAGGAUUCCCGAAAGGAAAGUCAGAUGUGAUUAAAAAUACAGCGAUGGCCAUUGAAGGGGCCACCCAGAUUACAGACGUAAGAGAUCUCUCGAGCAAUGAGAACGAGACUAGUUCUGGAUUUUUAAAAUAUCUUAUUGCAAUGGGCGUUCUCAUCCCAGUUGUACUGAUGGGAGGUCUCGGAUGGUAUCUCUUUGUACAACAGAAGAAGGCAAAUUGGAACUUUGACAUGGAAAAGGGAAAACCUACAUGUCCACAGGCCACAACUCCCACAGAGACUAAAAAACUGAUAAAGAAAAAGGACUCUGUGGAAUACACAAAUGAAACAAAGAAUAAGGCUAAAAAAGAAGAAAAGCAAACGCCUCAACCAGCGUUAAAACCUACAAAGAGUACGAAAGGAAAAAAGAAAACAUCCUCUAUGAAGGAAUCAUUAGCCAAAGAAGAAAUACAGAAUGAGAUAGUGGAUAAAGAGCAACUAAAGGGACUAGAAUCCACACAAACUCCUCGUCCAACUGUAAAAAAGAUAAAGAGUAAGAGACAAAAGGAGAUUAAAAGCCCUGAGGAAGAAGCAGUUCCCUCAGUGGAUGUGAAUAAAGAUCAGAAUUCAGAAUCUAAGAAAAAGUCGGCUUUAAAAGAGACAGCGCAUAGUGUCACAAUGGAAAGGCUGCCUUUAGCGAAAAAGGAAGAAGAGUCAGAUAUAGACCUUUUCCUUCCAUUUUUGGCCCAAUACCUGAAGGAGAGAAGUCCAUCAGUGUCUCCUGUACAUAGGAGGUAA